AUGACGGCCGAGAUUUGGCCCCUAGUGCUCGCUGCGGUUGCGAUCGCAGUCGCCGCGGCGGCGGCGGAGAAGAAACUGAUCGUGGCGGUGGAGGGGCUGGUGAGUUGCCAGGCGUGCGGGAGCGCGGGGGCGUGGGACCCGGCUGCGGCACGGCCGAUGCCGGCGGCGAGGGUGGCGAUGACGUGCAGCGACCACCGGGGGCGGGUGGUGCUCUACCGAGCCGCGACAGCGGACGACAAUGGCUACGUGUUCGCGGAGCUGUACACGACGACGAUGCGCGGAGGGUACUUCGACCCUGCCGAGGCGUGCACAGCUCGACUCCUCGCCUCGCCGGACCACCGCUGCAGCGCCGCCACCGACAUCAACGGCGGGGCGCGGGGGGCGCCUCUCCGGUUCCAGAACACGACCAUCCCAGGAGAGUACGUGGACAUCGACGUCUACGUGACGGGGCCAUUGGCCUUCCGGCCACCGCACUGCCCGACGAAGAUCGCCGACUAA